AUGUCAUCAUUAAUUUCAAUUGGAACAUCCGUUGUGGCUAAAUGGCCAUCAACAUCGAAUUAUUAUAAAGCUCGUAUUAUUGAUUAUACAGAUAAUAAUCAUUAUGUUUGUCAAUUUUUGGAUGGAAGUGUUAUUGCUUUACCAUCGAAAUAUGUUGAUUUACCGGAAAAAUUUCAACGUACAACAAAAAGAAUUAGUCUUAUGCGUAAUGAACAAAUAUUUCUCGAUCAUUCUCUAUCUUUUUAUUCAUUAAUUAUGUCUCUCGGUUGGAUAGGAAUAUUUUUAUAUGUACAACAUUGGUUUCAUUAUAAUCCUGAUAUAGAUAACUUGAAUAGACCAUUAAGUCAUGCUCCAUAUCAACAAUAUCCUCUUAUUGUCAUUCAAUAUCUUCUAUUAUGGUUUAUAUUACAAUUGAUUUUUGCUCGAUAUUUUCCACAUAUCGGUAAAGAAGAACUUAUUUAUCUUAAAGAAUCUCAACCAAGUAUUUAUUAUAAACAUCAUUCAAAUAGUUUAUUUGCUUUCAUCAUUACUUGUUUAAUAAUGUAUAUUUUUCGAGAACAAAUUCCAUUAAGAGAAUUAACCAAAUCUUAUUAUUUAUUGGCUUUAUUUAAUCUUGGAAUCGUACUUAUACUUAGUCUUAUUUUAUUAACGAAUAAACUUUUUUCUCGUUAUUCUUCAAUAUCAUUUAAUGAGCAUGAUCAUAAUCAAAAACAAACUCAUUUUGAUUUUCAUUUAUUUAUUUCCAUUCGUCCAGGAAUUAUACUUUGGCCAGCAUUAAAUCUUCUUCUAUUAUUAACUAUUCUUAAAUAUAAUCGUCAAAUAUCUAUUCGAUUUACAAUUUCAAUUCUUCUUCAAACUAUCUACAUUAUCAAUGUAUUUAUAAAUGAAACAACAAUGAUACGUCAAUCAUUAGAUAUAUCACCACCAUCAUCUUUCGAUGCAUUAUUUACUAAUCUUUGUUGGGUACCAUUUAUGGCAACACUUACUUCAUUUUACAUUGGAAAAAGUCAUCAACCUGUUCAUACAUAUAUUCUUCUUUCAUCGAUUAUUUUUUUUAGUUUGGGCUUUUUAUUACAACGUCUUGCUAUACGUCAACGUUUAGCAUUUCAAGCAUUAAAUAAUUCUAAUAUAGAUGAUUCUGUUAUGGUCAAUGAUUCUCAACGAAUUCUAACAAGUGGUUGUUGGCGAUGGUGUCGUAAUCCUCAUUUAUUAGCUGAAAUACUUAUGGUUAUUGGCUGGACAUUACCAGCUGAUGUAAAAUGCAUCGCACCAUGGAUUUAUACAUUUUAUAUCAUCGGCAUGACUAUUUAUAAAGCACAUUAUUUCGAUCAAACACUUCGAAAUACAUGUACUACAGGUGCUUAUGAACAUUAUAUUGAACAUGUAAAAUAUACACUUAUUCCUUUUAUCUAUUAA